AUGGAUUCCCAACAUCGCCCGUCGACCAUGAUGCUCGCCGAAUCGCCAAAUUGGGACAACCUAGGAAUUUCGUCCGGUCCCACCUUACCAUCCCGUGAACUUUCGGAUGCUCCGAUAUCCCACACAAAACUUUCACCGGAGCCCUUGAGAUUGAUGAAUAAAGGGCGGCCUGCAGUCCCACAAAUCAACGAGGAUCCGUGGCGGACGCACGAGGCUAUUAUGCAGAUAUUCCUGAGUCGAGAGGUGAUACUCGCGCGGCGUCGGGAGAACAAUGCAGAGCUAGUCAACGUGGAGAAGCUCCAACAAACACGUACAACGAUCAAACCGAUGCUAGACUUUAUGAGUCGGAUCACCCAUCCAAGCUUCCCAAGUCUCAAAGAAUGUUUUCUCCAUGAAAAUCACGUGUUCCUCGUUUGGGAGCCGCUGGAGCUUUCUGUCAGUCAACUAUUGGCGUUGAAGUGUCCGGUCACGGAGAGCGAGCUUGCAGCGAUCAUCUGGCCGGUUCUCGAAGGCAUCCAAUACCUGCGCGGAUGCGGCAGGGCGCUCGCGGCGUUGAACGCUGACACCAUACUGCUUUCGGAAUCCGGUGAGGUCAAGAUUGCCGGGGUGGAGUACAGUUGCGAACUGAGCAAGGCCGAGAUGAACGCCGCCACGUUGAAGCUAUUCGCGUUAGCCGAGAUUGUCGAGAAGAUAAUUGGAAAGACCCUGCCCUCAUAUCCAUGGAGUGGGGAGGCCAAGAGUCUAUCCCGAGACUUGAAGAACCUGUCGUUGGAGGAGUUGCUACAGAACAAACAUUGGAAAAAAUUGGUAACCCCGGGGGGUCUGAAGAUGCUCGUGGAGGUAGCCAACAAGACUGCUUAUCACAGAGUGGAAAUUCUCGACCGCUCGUAGCUGGCUGCACAUCUGUGCUGAGACGCUGAG